AAAUUUCGACACGCCAUUAUUGACAUUUGGAAGCACGCUGGCAUUUCCGUUAUCUAUUUUUAGAAUUAAUUUCAUUUUCACAGACAUAUAGCUGUGUAAUCAUGGCUACGAGUACAGAAAAUAAUUCAGAAUAUUCUGCAAAUGAUUGUCGUGAUCAGGAUUUAAAAGCUAAGAUACCAGCUUUACCCGAAGGUAAAAUAAAGCAUUUCUUUGUUUCUUACACCAGUUUAGACAGAGAACGUGUUCAUUCAGUAAUUGAGGACGUCGAAAAGAGAUUUGGUUUACAGUGUGUAUUUGAUGAACGGGACUUUCAGGGUGGGAAGGAUAUAACAGUAAAUAUACGAGAAGGAAUGAUGUCUUCAUUAAAGGUAUUACUCUUUCUGACACCAAAUUUUCUCGAAAGUGGUUGGUGUAAGUAUGAAACUGACGCCGCAUUUAUAAACUCUAUGGGUUGUGGCUAUAGCUGUAUUGUGCCUGUAUUGCUAGAAGAGUGUGAGAUACCGCCUACACUUGUGGCCUUGACCUACAUUGAUGCAACUAUUCCGGGAUUAGAUGUGCCAGCCAAAAUUGCAGCUUCACUCUUACGUCCUGCUACCGAUGACGGUUUAUUCUCUCUCAACAUUCGGGCUUUUAACAAACAAUACGAGAAUGGUUAUUGUUUUAUAAUUCCGGCUGUACGUGAUAACUUAAUAAGUGUCGUCAGACCUGCCAAAUACAGAUUCUUAAUUGAUGAUAACAUCAUAGAAAAACUGAAGGAAAACAAGGUUGAGGUUCCAGAAAAGCUGUUAAAGUCGACUGUCGAUAUUGUGAACAAGGACAGUAUUGUGUGCUCAUACGAUUAUCUCUACCGGCGUAAAAACUUUGCAUGGACGUUUUUUCUGCUACCACUUUUAGCGUUGAUCAUUGCAGUUUAUGAAGCGGCAUGGGUUUUUGGUACUGCUACGAGAGGAAGGGAAAUUAAACUUUCACAACUUGGGAUCCUAUAUACGAUAAUCACUGGCUUUAUUUGUUUAUUUAUAUUCAUUCAAAUAAUGAUUUGUUUCUUGCCAAUUUGCUGUCAUAGGAAACAGCGGGAUUUCUCUCUACAAUCCAAACUAUGGCGGAAAGUCGGUAAAGAGUGUAUUGAAAAUAACGUUUUACUUUUGUUCACUGGAAGGAGGAACAAGAAACCAUCUCUCCUUGUAAUGAGAUACAACAUAGCAAGAUGUAAGGAGUACUUUGUUGGUAUUAUCAAGUCAAGGAAUAUUACACCGACCGAUCAGACAUUAACACCCGAGAGUUAUGCAGAUAUGUUAAUUGAAAGACAUCUGGAGCAAAGUCUUCAUUUCUUGGCAGACGAUUUUGAUUUCCUACCAGACGCGCCAUACAAUCGUCACAACGUAAAAAAAGGGAAAAUGUGCAUUUGUCAACAACUUGAGCAGGAUUUGUAAAGAUAACGCCGUAUUCCUUUAACUUACAUGUAUAUCAAAGUGAUUUCCCUUUGAUCUAGACAGAUAUUAUAACUAUUGACUUACAAAGAUUAUUGAAUGUUAUGAAAUGUGAAUUUAAAAGAACUCUCAAAAUUGGUAACUUCAAUUGUUAUCUCAAGAAUUGACAGAUAUUCUACUCGAUACUGAACUUGAAAUUAUGUAUACAAGGUGUAUAUUGACAUCAUUGGAAGCAGACAAGAUUGUGAAAGUACAAAGAAAAUCAUGAUCAAAAAGCAGAUUUUAAAGCAGUUCAAACACUGCAAACACUACAGCACAAUUUGAAAUAGAAAUGUAAAAACAGUCAGAGAAGCAUGUUAAACAUUUUAUCACGCGAAACAUGUUGAGAAAUAUAAGAAAACAGGAAAAAAAUAUUAACAUGAACUGCACGAUUAGAAGUACAUAAAAGUUAUAUUUGUAAAUUGAAAAAUCGCACAAGCAUUAUAACAUCAAGCCAUAACAAUGUGUUUUCUGUACAAAGCGAGAUAUCAGAUUCAUAGCAGACAAAAGUGUAACAUUUAACAAAACUCCAAAACUAUCAAAAGUAAUAAAAAUUCUAUGUUAAUAUAAAAACAGGAGUAAUGUCUUUUAUUGUGAAACAAAGAAAUAUGAUAAGACCUUGGUGUAUAGCCCUUAGAUGUAUGUGAUGUUAGAUUUGUACCUGUUCUUAUGAUUGCAUAUCUUCUCUUUUUGGUCGUAUGUUCAUAUUUUGGAACUCAAUCUUCUGAAAAUAAUGUACAAUAACGCAAAACCAUUGUCUUAUCAUGUAUACGUUUUGCUAAGCCAUUGUCAUUGAAUUUAAGUUGGAUACAUAUAUAUGGAGAUUACAGCUAUUGUGUUUGUAUGCUAGACCAUGGCGUGCUUGUAUUGGUAGUCUUAAAAGACAAACAAAUUUUAUAUUCAAAUUUAUUUUCAAAAAUUUAUAAAAAUGACCUUGUCAAUUUAAAAUGUUCAGACUUUAAGACUGUCAUGGUGUUGAACAUAAAACCAUCUGUCAUGAUCUUAUAAAAUAAUAUAUUUGUAUAAUAG